AUGAGGCAACAUGUGGCAGAGGCACGCAUGUGGCGUGUGGCAGUGGCACACGUGUGGCGUGUGGCAGUGGCACGCGUGCCAGGAGGGGCGCGUGAUUCGAGGACGACGGGGGAAACAACCACGUGCUGCCAGCCCACCCUGCUGUGGGGUGGGCCCACCCUGCUGUGGGGUGGGGCCACCCUGCUGUGGGGUGGGGCCACCCUGCUGUGGGGUGGGGCCACCCUGCUGUGGGGUGGGGCCGCCCGCCCUCCUCACCUCACCCACUCACCACCUCUCUCGUGUUCUUGCCACACACGCGCCGCACUUGCCUGCCUGCAUGCCUCCGCUUGUCCCGCGCUCUCUGCGCUUUCGCCUGCACGCGCAUGCUCGUGCUGUUGGGCAUGUGAGAGCAGCGGAGGGAGUGCAAGCAGGGGUGCAGGGGUUGGCAGCAGGGGCGGGGAGGGAGGGCGAGUUGAGGCAGGUGGUGAGUGGCGGCGGGGGAAUAUUGACCCAAGGUUCUGUCCGCUGCGAGUGGCGUUCUCUGCUGAGGAGGGUGGAUUGGGGGGAGUGCGCAUGGGGCAGUGA